AUGUCAUCGUUUCUUGGCGCUCUCUUCGUCGUCCUAGUCUUUGUCGUCCCGUCCAUAUCAUCGGCUCCACCGGUGACGAGUUUAACGAAAGAUUACUACCAAAAAACAUGUCCCGAUUUUGGUAAAAUCGUUCGUGAAACAGUCUCGACGAAGCAAGUAGCGCAGCCAACGACAGCUGCUGGAACGCUGCGUCUCUUCUUCCACGAUUGUUUCUUGGAAGGAUGUGACGGAUCCGUUCUAAUCGCUACAAACUCUUUCAACAAAGCUGAGAAAGACGACGACCUCAACGAGUCGCUUCCAGGAGAUGCUUUCGACAUCGUGACUCGCGUCAAAACCGCUCUCGAACUGGCUUGUCCCGGUGUGGUCUCUUGCGCAGACAUCUUGGCUCAAUCCACGCGUGACCUUGUCACGAUGAUUGGUGGGCCUUUCUAUGAAGUCAAAUUGGGCCGUAAAGAUGGGUUUGAAUCAAAAGCCCAUAAAGUUCGAGGAAACAUACCGUUACCGAACCAUACGGUGCAAGACAUGAUGUCGAUAUUCACAAAGAACGGUUUCACUGUAAGAGAGAUGGUUGCGUUAAGCGGCGGGCACACGGUCGGAUUCUCUCACUGCAAAGAAUUCGCUGAUCGUAUCUUCGGACCAAAGCCUGAUCCAGAGCUCGACGCACACUUCUCCGGCGUUCUUAAAGGUCUUUGCAAGGACUACAAAGUGAAUAAGACGAUGGCGGCGUUUCUCGACCCGAUAACGCCAGGAAAAUUUGAUAACAUGUAUUUCAAGAACUUGAAACGUGGGCUUGGACUGUUGGCUUCCGACCACAUCUUGUUUAAAGACAAGAGCACGAGACCGUUUGUGGAUUUAUACGCGGAGAAUCAGACAGUUUUCUUCGAAGAUUUCGCACGUGCCAUGGAGAAACUAGGCACGGUCGGUGUUAAAGGCGAUAAAGAUGGAGAGGUGAGACGCAGAUGCGAUCACUUCAACAAACUUAACGUAUAA